AUGGCCGGUCAACGGGACGUUCUCAAAAUUCCAUACAACGCGUUGCUCUCUGGUCCAACAUCAGGUAUGCCUUGGGGACCUAAUGACCAACAUCCCCGGGCUGUUAGCCAAAAGUAUUGGGAGGUUGUCUGUCCUGGGUCAGAACGAAGGGUUGUCAAUGCAGACGAAGUCAUGAAACAGGUCGACAGGGAGUCAGAUGGAAUCAAGAUGUUAACAGACUGGGCCAAGCUCAUGAGGGAUAUGCCUGAGAGAUGCGUUGAGAUCCAAGGCACCCAGGUCUUUGACUUCUAUCUUAUUGGCUCCACACGCAUCCUAUCACUCUGGGAGACGUUCAAGAAUCAUCCCACCGUGCGGCUGCUGGAGGACUCGGAGGUCGUCAAGAACGGCGUACGAGAAAACAUGAGCAAGCUGCAAAAGAUCAACGGGGCUCAGCGUCCAUACAUUCCCAAGACCACUGGAACUAUCGAGGGUCUACUGGGCAUUCAUAUCCGGAGAGGAGAUUAUCGUGGAGACCUUGGCAAAGAUAAUGGGCAUUGCUUCGGUCUGGGCAGAUGGGGUGCUACCUACAGCGGAUGGAGCCAGCUGCCGGAAAUGCACGAUAAGUAUGAUUCUCCGUCUCGUGAAGGGGUCGAAGGGGGACAAUAUACACCGGAAAUUAAGGAGUACUACCUCAAACACUGCCUUCCAACCCCUAGACAAGUCAUCGCGCGGAUUCGGGAGAUCCAAAGAGAGAGCCAUACUCACCUUUCGCAUAUAUUCGUUGCAAAUAAUGCCGAGGACGAAUACCUGGCCGAUCUUCGUCAAGAACUCGUCGCGGAUGGGUGGGAAGCAGAUAAUAUCGUGACAAGCAAGGAUUUGAGGUUGAAUUGGCAAGCCACAUCAGUAAGCAAUGUGGUAGAUAUGGCUAUCCUUGCAAGAGCGGAGGUGUUUAUUGGAAACGGAUGGUCUAGUAUGACCAGUAACAUCGUGAUGAGACGUUUGACAACCGGACAAACGCCCGCCAGUACACGGUUGUGGUAG